UGUAAAAGUCAUGUUACUGCUGACAAGGCAUUCAGUCCAGAUAUCUGGGAGCUGACAAAGAUUUAGCAUUUAAUGUUUAACCAGAUCACGAAUUGUUUAAACAUGUAAAAUCUCUUCGGGGAAAAAGUCCAGCAGAGGAAAGUUCAUUUGCUGAAUAAUUGUUUUUGCUUGUUAAAUCUCACUAAAUCACCUGAUCAAACUGUAGAGCAUCUUGAUCAUCGAAUGAGAAAGCUCAACUUUCCCACUGUAUUCAGAAACCUCUCAGCACGAUGAGGACCUUCAUUCUCCUUGUCUCCUGCCUUUGCAUGCUAGGAUCUGUCAGUGGAGGUUUUUUGGGCAAGUCGCUGGUUUUCUCGACUCAGAGCGACAGUACUUAUGUUAAACUGCUUCCAACCGAAUUCUCCCAGCUCUCUGCAUUCACACUCUGCCUGAGGGCUGCCUCAGAGGCAAAGCGAGGCUACAGCUUGUUCUCCUAUGCCACAGCGAGUAAGGACAAUGAGUUGUUGCUCUGGCACAACGAGAACUCCAAGCUCUCCCUCCACCUUGACAAUGACCUGUUGGAUUUUGAAAUCCCAGAGAUGGACGCACAAUUGAGACACAUCUGUGUGACGUGGAACUCCUUGACUGGACUCACCACCCUCUGGAUCAAUGGCAUCCGGAGCCUUCGCAAAGUUGGCCAUAAGGGUGCGGUGGUGCAUGGUGGUGGGACGAUUAUCCUGGGGCAGGAGCAGGACCAGGAAGGGAGUGGGUUUGACAGUCAGCAAAGUUUCGAAGGAGAGCUGGCCGAUGUUAACAUGUGGGACCACAUCCUGUCCCCGAGAUACAUCAAGGCUCUAAGUCGACAGUGCCACAGGACAGGCGGUAACAUCAUCAAUUGGGCCACAGUGGAGUAUGUGAGCAGAGGAAUAAUCAACAUUCAGUAUAAUCAAGACUGCAAACCCCAAGCUGGCUGCGAUAAUUCGACAAUGACUGGAAAAUGCACUCACACAGAGUCUAAGUCUCACACAUAUUCAUGUGCUCACAUAAUGUCAGACGCAUCCACACCCACAUAUAUACACAUUCACAAACACACACACACACACACAAUAUACAAAUCACCUGAAAACCUAUGUGCACUUCACAAUUAAAGUUAGGACUCGAAAGAGUGCCUUCUUUUAAGCGGGUUGUCCCCUUAAUUGUGAAUAUUCCAUUCUCUGGUGUUUAAUACAUGGUCUCAAAAUCUAUCUGAUAUGAUUAGGUCAAGAAUUGCAUAAUUUUAUGCAAACACACAAGCAAAAAUUAAAAUGUGACGCUUGCUUUCCAAACAAGAUAACAAACUAAUGUCAGAAAUUAGAAUUAGCUGUGUGCUCAUAUUACAAAAGUGUAUGUCAAAUCUUGCUACCCCUAUAUAAUUGCUAAAUAUAGCUAGUUAAAUCUUCCUGUGUUUGACUGCAAAAGGUGUCUAGCCAUCUCACUCUCUCUCUCUCUCUCACUCACACACACACACACACACACACACACACACACACACACGCUUGCAAACACAACUGGUAUGGGAAGAUUGUCCUGGCUGAAGAGAGUUGCAGAGAGAAUGAUUGUUGCACGGGGCAAAUGAGGUUACAGAGAUAAGGAAGAUUGUAGGGCCUGGAGGGGUUGACAGAGACGGGAGCAUGACACAGAUUGAAAGAGGUUAUAGAGAUCGGCAUGGUUUUUGGGAAUGAAGGGGUUAGGUGGAAUUGAGAUGUUGUAGGGAUUGGGGGAGUGGGGCACCUAGUAUAUCUGCAAGUGCAGGGAGUCAUGGGGCAACGAACUUUGUGAGCUAAGACAUGAGAGUUAGGGGCGGCAGAACUGGGGAUAAAGUGGUUUUUAUGGAAGGUACACCAUGGGAUGUCCGACAUCAGUACGUUGUAUUAGUUGGAUCUCUACAGAUGUGUGAACAGCAAAGAUGGUGCAAAGGUUGUUAAACUGGCAUAUUUGAGUCACAUGGAGAUAGAAAUGGAAUAAUGAAAUAAUAGAAGUGAUUGAAAGGGAGAUGAAUGGAUACGGGAUACCAGGCUUUAGGAUAAUUUGGACUAUAUUCACUGGGAAUUAGAAGAAAGUGAGCAACAGAGGAACAUAGAAAUCUACAUCAUUCUAAAAGGGUAACAACGGGGAGGAUGUUACCAAUGGGGGAAAGGAUUUUCAUGUAUUUGGAAAGGCAAGACUGAUUAGUGAUAGUCAACAUGGCUUUGUGCAUAGGAAAUCUUGUCUCACCAACGUGAUUUUUCUAAGGAAGUGACAAAGAGGAUUGAUAAAGGAAGAGUCAUGGACAUGAUCUAUGUUGGCUUCAGUUAGGAAUUCAUCCAGUUCUUCAUGGUAGACUGGUUAGUAAGAUCAAAACACAUGGAAUAAUGUGAGAACUAACUCUUUGGAAUGGGCCCAAAGGUAGAAGGCAGAGGAUGGUAGUGGCAGAUUGCUUUUCAGACUGGAGGCUUGUAACCAGCAGUGUGCCAAAAGAAUUGGGUGCUGGGUCCACUGCUUUUAGUUGUUAAUAUAAAUGAUUUAGAUGUGAACAUAGGUGGGAAGAUUAGUAAGUUGGCAGAUGACACAAAAAUUACAGGUGUAAUGGACGGUGAAGAAGGUUAUCUCAGAGUACAAUGGGAUCUUGAUCAGAUGGGCCAAUGGGCCGAGGAGUGGUAGAAGGAGUUUAAUUUUGAUAAAGGUAAAGUGUUGCAUUUUGGAAAGGCACAUCAGGGCAGGAUCUAUGCAAUUAAUGGUAAGGUCCUGGCGUGUGUGCUGAACAAAGAGACCUCAGAGUGCAGGUUCAUAGUUCCUUGAAACUGGAGUCACAGGUAGAUAGGAUAAUGAAGAAGGUGUUUGGUAUCCUUGCCUUUAUUGGUCAAUGAAUUGAGUAUAGGAAUUGGGAGGUCAUGUUGCAGCUGUACGGGCUAUUAAUUGGACCACUGUUGGAUGACUCCAUGCAAUUCUGGUCUUCGUGCUAUGGGAAGGAUGUUGUGAAACUUGAAAGGGUUUAGAAAAGAUUUACAAGGAUGUUGCCAGCAUUGGAGAGUUUGAGCUAUAGGGAGAGGCUGAGUGGGCUGGGGCUAUUAUCCUUGGAGCAUCACAGGCUGAGGGGUGACCUGAUAGAGGUUUAUAAAAUCAUUAGGAGCACGGACAGGGUGAUUGGACAAAGUCUUUCUCCCAGGGUGGGGGUGUCCAAAACCAGAGGUCGUAGGUUUAAGGUGAGAUUGGAAAGAUUUAAAAGGGACUGGAGAGGUAACUUUUUCACACAGAGGCUGGUGCAUGUAUGCAAUGAGCUGCCAGAGAAGGUGGUGGAGGCUGGUGCAAUUCCAACAUUCAAAAGGCAUUUGGAUGGGUAUAUUGAAUAGGAAGGGUUUGGAGGGAAAUGGGCUGAAUGCUGGCAAGUGGGUCCGGAUUAAUUUAGGAUAUCUGGUUGGCAUAAAUGAGUUGGACCAAAGGGUCUGUUUCUCCACUAUACCUCUCCAUUACUCUAUGAAUCCAGAACCAGGGUUCACAGUUUAAAGAAAGAAUGUAAGCCAUUUAGGACUGAGAUGAAGAGAAAUGUCUUCAGCUAAAGAAUGAUAGAUUUGUGGAAUUACCCGUCACAGAAAGCACUUGAGGGCAAAACAUUGAACUUUUUCAGGAAGGAGGUAUGUAUAGUUCUUGGAGCUCAAAUGCUAUGGGGUAUGGGGAGAACAUGGGAACAGGUGCAGAGUUGGAUGGGCAAUCCUGAUUAUAUUGAAUUCCAGAGCAGGCUGGAAUGAAAUCCAGCUCCAAUUUUCAAAGUUUUUGAUCUACCUAUUGAACUUAGUGAGUUAAUGAUAGUAAAUGAAAGUUCGCCAGAAGUUGCCUGCACGGGUGGAUGUGUCCCAUCCAACAGUAGAAACAGAAAAUGAUUACCCUGGCAGAACUGCACAAAUAAACCCAUGCGCAGAUAAACACAGGCUAGGUGGAUACAUGCAGAGCCAAACCUACAGACAACAAAAUAAGCACACAUCCUCAUCUUCAAAAACCUUCCUUGAAGUUACAGAGAUAUUUAGUUGUUUUUCAACGAAGUGUAGGCACCCCAGGAAACAGUGGUGGUUUGAAGGUAACCUCUGUGGUAAAUGUGGUUUCUUUUAGGAACUAUUUCACUCAAUUUGGGAUGGAGCAAUGGCAGCUUUAAUGACCACCAUUUGCCAGGAUGUGGAGGGGCUGGGGUGGACAGGUUCAAUAAAUCGCACAACACCAGGCUAUAGGCCAAUGUGUUUAUUUGAAAACACAAGCUUUUGGAGCGUUGCCCCUUUGUCAGGUGAAGUGAGAAAGAAGCACACAGAACACAAGAAUUUAUAAGUAAAACAUCAAUCAGUCACACAAAUGUGUUGAUGUAUUAAACAAACUUAAAUGCUGUUAAAUCCUGAAUCAGUUAGAAGGCUUUAAUUGAUUAAAUAUGAAAUCCCCAAAUUUCUUUUAAGUCACUGCCCUGAGAGAACUGAGGGUUUUAUCAGUGUAAAGAAUAGGUGACAUGUUAUGUCAGACAAUGUAUGUUAGGUGUGAGGACUUGUUUAGAAUCUGUUUGUGUUUUGAUCUGGAGCCAGAUUGGUUUCAUUUCUAAAGUAGGAAUUUAUAAAAUGUCACAUUGACUGACUGUCUGUAGAUUAUAUUCUUUUUGAACAAAAUAGGAUGUAUCUGCAAAUACAGAUUCACUCCAUAGAUUUUUAUGUAUGUGUGCGUGAGUGCGCAAGUGCGUGUACAUGCGCACGCAUCUGUGUGUGUGUGUGUGUGUGUGUGUCUGUGUGUGUGUGUGUCUGUGACUGUGUGUGGCUGUGGGAGAGAGAGAGUGUGUGUGUGUGUGUGUGUGUGUGUGUGUGUGUGUGUGUGUGUGGCUGUGGGAGAGUGUGUGUGUGUGUGUGUGUGUGUGUGUGUGUCUGUGUGUGUGUGGCUGUGGGAGAGAGAGACUGUGUG